GUCCGUCACAAGCCAUGGGCCACAAGACACUCUCGGUUAGGUCCAAUCCAACCCAAUCCAAGCCAGCCCCGUGUCAGUCUGUCCCAUUAUCUAUCGCAUGUCCAAUGUAUUAUCCAUCUCUGGUCCAUCCCCAUCGCCCGCCCCUUCGCCGCCCUGCCCCUCUUGCUGCUGAGACGCUUCCUGCUCAGGCUGCCCUGCCUCCUGCUGCUGCUGGUGGUGCUGUUCGUCCUUCUUGCCCCUUCCCUUGGCCGACCUGCUCCUGCUCCCCGCUGAGGAGGUCCGCCUCUUGCUGCUGGCUGCUUUCCUCUGCAGGAUGCGCUUGGUGGAGAUGGUCUGCUGCCGCUCCAUGGCCACGCCACGGGGCACCUCCGACAGCAGCCGGUCGCGCAUCCGCUGAGACUUGAGCUUCAGGUGGUUGCGGAUCUGGGUGAGCGUCUUCUUGUCGAACCAGCCUGAUGGGUGGCACAUAGAUACAUCCACACACACAUCCACGCCACGCACAUACAUGGACCAUCCAUGAGCAGAGGGGCGGGGCGGGGGGGCCUUGCCUGUGUCGAUUUUUGGCUGUUGGAGGAGCUGUGCCUCCUUGAGGACCUUCUGGAGGGGGGCGUCGUCGAUGUCGCCGAGUAUGUACAUCUGGUUCAUCAUCUUGGGCGGCACCUGGAACCGCAUCAGCUGCUCGAACGUCGGCUCCUUCUCCUCAGCACCCUCCUGCUGCCCCUCCUGGCCCUCCUGACCACCAGCCACCGCGGCUGCUGCAGCAGCAGCUGCUGAUGGUUUGCCCUUGGUCUUCUCUUGUUGUGGGUUGUAGGCCGUGCUCCUGAAGUAGGGGUCGCGGAAAUCGAUCACCUGGACACAGGGAGGUGCAUUCAGAUGUCCGUGUGGUGUGGUGAAUUUAUGGGUGCAGUGACUGCACCUGGAAGAAUCGCCCCUCUGGGUCUUGUCUUGGGUCAUAGCCCCACCGACACAGCGCAAGCCGCCACGGACCAUCUGCACACACACCCACAGCACACACCACAUCACACCAAGCAAAAUUGCACGCGCCCGCACGUGCAUGCAUUUCGCCCAUCCAUCGGUUUGUCGCGUUGUCAGGCGCACCUUGCCACGAGUAAGAGUGGUACGCGAUGACGCGUCGCAGGGACCAGUCGCUGACACCUGUGAGGGGCUCCUUCUCCCUCAGCCGCGCCCUCGCGAAGUAAUCCACCUGGGGACGCAGCCAGAUGGGCUUCUCCUCAAACAGCCGCGCCACAAUCUCACUCACCGCCGCACCUGAACGAACACCACAACCGAUUAUUGAUGCUCGCCAGCUUCGUGUACUGUGUUGCGCUGUCAUUCACCUGGUUUGAAGUCGAUGUCAGAUGGCCGUGCAGGUAUGCCUUGGUCACUGAACUUGGCCAGGAACACCAGCUGCACCUGAGCCUUCUUGUCCUUGGCCGCCGACGGUGCCGGCACCACCGCCGUGCUCGUGUCUGCAACCUCCCUGCCCUCUCCUCCGGCCGGCGUCGCAGCAGCAGCUGUUGCUGCUGCUGCUGGUGGUGACGCCUCUCCCUCCUCCUGCUCGAUGGCCGGCGUGGCCUCAGCCCACUUGCGGGCGAAAGUCCGCCUGGCGCCCCUCCCCGACGGCUUUUUCUUGGCCUCCGGAUUCAUCUCCUCUGGCUCCUCCUUGACCAUUUCCAUCGCCCCCUCACCUUCGUCACCAGCAGCAGCAGCAGCCGCAGCCGCGGCAGGAGCAGCCUCGCCCUCGGCCUUCGCAGCAGCCGCUUUGGCCUUUGCCUUUGCCUUUGCGGCAGCGGGUGGUGGCUCCUCGGGCAGCUGGAAGUCGAAAGAGUCAUAGAGCUUGGAGAAGUAGGGAGGUCGGAAGAAGGCCAUCUCGUCUUCAGGGAUCCGGAUGUCGUCCAGAUCGAGGACCGGCCUGCUCCGGGCGGUCUCAGGGGGCGUGAAGUAGAAGUCAGCCAAAGCACGGAAGCGAUACGCGCGGGUCACGUAGCCCACUGGCUGGAAAUUGACGAUCUCCUGCCGGCCAUCAGCGUACUUGCGCCUCCUCACGCGCACCAGAAGGUCACUCGUGUCGCAGUGCCGAGAUGGAACGGGCGUCGCGAAGCGGUCAUUCUCGCCCAGCCGGAUGCUGAGAGGUCUGUCUGGGUCGUCGUCCCUCACGGCGGCAGAGAUUUCGUCCUCGCCUCCCAUGGCCUUGAUGACUGCCUGCGGGUCCUGGACAGUGCCGGGCACCUCGAUGCGGAUAAAUUCCGGCAGGGGAGGGCCGGGAGGGGGCCGAGUAGGGGCGACAGGGGAGGGAGAUGCAGCCGCUGCAGCUGCUGCAGCCGCCGCUGGUGCUGCUGGUCCUGGCUCGGGUGCUUGCGGCAUGUGAGUGUCGCCAUUGAUGGCUUGUCCGGUGUGGUGUGCCGAAGGGGCUGCAGGUGCCACAUCUUCCAUGAGUGAAUCAUCCAUGCCUCUUCAAAGGCUGCGUUCCUUCUUGCGACGCGUUCCUUCUUGAUGGGCG